AUGGACAAAGAUUGGUUGUUUGCUGAUCUGGCUGACGAUUCAGAAGAUUCAGACAAGGAGUUUGUUCUUGAUGACAAAGACUAUGUGGAAGACAAUAGUGAUACUUCUGAAGAAUAUGUUUCUGAGAAUAGUGAUGCGUCCGUUGAUCUCAAUGGUCAAGAUUCAGCGACAAAUGACGAUACUUGCAAUUUGUCACAGUUUACCAACAGUACAGAUCAUAGGUCUGCUCGAGUUAAUGGUUUGAAUAACGGGCAUAAUCAAACUUUGAAUGGUAGAAAGUCAAAUUCUCACCUGUUAAAUGAUAUACUUCAGUCUAACUUUGAUUCUUGUCCGCCUCCUAUACCGAAUUCCCAAGCUCAAAUUUUUGCUCUCGAUAAUGAGAUACAGAAAUUAGAUGUGCCAUUUCCAAUUUUCUCAGAACAGUUUACACAGUUUCACGAAGAACAAGAAAUGGAAUUGAAAUCCCUUGCCAUCACUGAUCGUCAGCUUACAGAAAAACAAGCGGUAGCAGGAUCACAAGUUCAAAGUUCUAAAGCUCUGUCAGAAGCUAAGAAAAUGGAGCAUAAAGAUGUUACUGAUCUUAAUAAAGAUUUAAGAGACCAAGUUGAAUCGAUUCACAAAAAUUUGCUCGAAGACUAG